UUUCUUUACACUUACAUAUACAUACAUACAUAUAUAUGUAGUGUGUGUCUGUAUAUAUAUAUGCACUGAAUUUUCAGGAGCCACAUGAGCCUCUUAUUCCUCUCUUCUCCUUCAUCUUCAUCAUCAUCUUCUUCUUCUUCUUCUUCAAUUAGGGUUUCCUUCCCCUUUGAAGUGGCAAUAAAACUCUGAAGAACCUCAUAACCUUCACUUCACCACAACUCACUUCAAGCUUCAAAGUAGCAAGCAAAAUCAAAGUUCUGCAAAUUAAAAGAAUUAAAAGUUUGAAGAGAGAGAAAUUGAAAUGGCUUCAUCAAGCUCGUACAGUUCGCCAUGCGCCGCCUGCAAGUUCCUGAGGAGGAAGUGCCUGCCGGGGUGCAUUUUCGCGCCGUAUUUCCCGCCGGAGGAGCCACAGAAGUUCGCGAACGUGCACAAGAUCUUCGGUGCGAGCAACGUGACGAAGCUGCUGAACGAGCUCCUCCCGCACCAGAGGGAGGACGCGGUGAGCUCCCUGGCGUACGAGGCGGAGGCGCGUGUGCGGGACCCCGUCUACGGCUGCGUCGGCGCCAUCUCCUACCUCCAGAGACAGGUCGAGCGCCUCCAGAAGGAGCUCGACGCCGCCAACGCCGACCUCAUCCGCUACGCCUGCAACGAAGUUCCUCCGCCACCGCCACCGCAGCAGCUCUCCGGCGGCAACCUCCGCCGGAGGAUGGGCAAUGACGGAGGAACGUUUCAUCAACGAUCAGGGCCGGUCAUGAGCAUGGGCGUGCACUACCCUUACCCUUUCCCAUGGGAUGAUGACAACAACAACAACUACCCACAAGGAGGAGGAGAAGGGAGUGCUUAGCUUCAAUGAAUUUAUACACACAUGCCUCCUGGCCUGCCUAUCACUUUCUCUAGGGUUUCUGACCCUUGAAGAGGGGAAAAAAAAUCAACUUUCAAACUUCAAACUUUCAAAGCAUUCAACAUGGUACUUCUUUCACUCCUAGCUAUUAAAGUUGAGCUAUGGUUCCUAGCUAGACCAUCAAUAAGUUUCAUCACAAAAAAAAAGAACAUCAGAUCACCAUUAUAUUAUUUGGUGGUUUUAGUAAGCAACUAUGUUUCUAAAACCCUUAAAAUUUCCUAUAUUUGCAUAAGAUAAGACGACUAUAUAUAAGUAUAUAUAUAUGUGUAUAUAUGAGUGUACGUAGUCGAUCAUCAUCACUAAGAUAUGGAUGGCUACACUACACCUCAUGUUUGUGGUACUUUUUUUUUGUUUUUUGUUUUUUAAUUAAA